AUGGCGUCCGAGGCCGCGCCGCGGGUCGUGGACGAGUGCCGGGGCGUGCUGUUCGUGUACAGCGACGGCUCGGUGGUGCGGCGCGCGCAGCCGGGGUUCUCGACGCCGGUGCGGGACGACGGCACCGUGGAGUGGAAGGACGUGACGUUCGACGAGGCCCACGGGCUGGGGCUCCGCCUCUACCUUCCCCGCGAGCGCGCCGCCGGCGGGCGGAGGCUGCCGGUGUUCUUCUACUACCACGGCGGCGGGUUCUGCAUCGGGUCCCGCACCUGGCCCAACGUCCAGAACUACUGCCUCCGCCUGGCCUCCGACCUCGGCGCGCUCGUGGUGGCGCCGGACUACCGCCUCGCGCCCGAGCACCGGCUCCCUGCCGCGCUCGACGACGGCGCGGCGGCGGUCCUGUGGCUGGCCGCGCAGGCGAAGGAGGCCGGUGGAGGCGGGGACCCGUGGGUCACCGAGGCCGCGGACCUCGGCCGGGUCUUCGUGUCGGGCGACUCGGCAGGCGGCACCAUCGCGCACCACCUCGCCGUGUGGUUCGGCUCCCCCGCGGCGCGCGCGGAGCUGGCCCCCGUCGCCGUCCGGGGCUACGUCCAGCUCAUGCCCUUCUUCGGCGGCGUGGAGCGCACGCGGUCGGAGGCCGAGUGCCCCGACGACGCCUUCCUCAACCGGCCCCUCAACGACCGGUACUGGCGCCUGUCGCUGCCGGAGGGCGCCACGGCCGACCACCCCGUGUCCAACCCGUUCGGCCCCGGCGCGCCCGCGCUGGACGCCGUGGAGUUCGCGCCCACCAUGGUCGUCGUCGGCGGCCGCGACAUCCUCCACGACCGCGCCGUGGACUACGCCGCGCGGCUCAAGGCCGCGGGGAAGCCCGUCGAGGUGCGGGAUUUCGACGGCCAGCAGCACGGCUUCUUCACCAUCGACCCUUGGUCCGACGCCUCCGCCGAGCUCAUGCGCGUCAUCAAGCGCUUCGUCGACGCCGACGGCCGCUUCGACUGA